GGGGGCGCCGGGGGCCGGAAGCGUCAGCGUUACGUGGAGAAGGACGGACGCUGCAACGUGCAGCACGGGAACGUGCGGGAGACGUACCGCUACCUGACGGACAUCUUCACCACGCUGGUGGACCUGCCGUGGCGCUUCAGCCUCCUGGUCUUCAUCCUGGCGUACGCCCUCACCUGGCUCUUCUUCGGCCUCCUCUGGUGGGUCAUCGCCUACGCCCGCGGCGACCUCGACCACCUGCAAGACCACGCGUGGACCCCCUGCGUCAACAACCUCAACGGCUUCGUCUCGGCUUUCCUCUUCUCCACCAUCGGUUACGGCCACCGCGUCAUCACCGAUAAGUGUCCGGAGGGUAUCGUCCUGCUGCUGCUCCAGGCCAUCCUGGGCUCCAUGGUCAACGCCUUCAUGGUGGGCUGCAUGUUCGUCAAGAUCUCCCAACCCAACAAACGCGCCGAGACCCUCGUCUUCUCCUCCCACGCCGUCGUCUCGCUGCGGGACGACCGCCUCUGCCUGAUGUUCCGCGUGGGCGACCUGCGGGAUUCCCACAUCGUCGAGGCCUCCAUCCGUGCCAAGCUCAUCAAAUCCAAGCAGACGCGGGAGGGGGAGUUCAUCCCGCUGGAUCAGACGGACCUGAGCGUGGGCUUCGAGACGGGCGACGACCGGCUCUUCCUGGUCUCGCCCCUCGUCAUCAGCCACGAGAUCGACGAGCGCAGCCCCUUCUGGGACGUCUCGCGGCACCAGCUGGAGGGGGACGACUUCGAGAUCGUCGUCAUCCUCGAGGGGAUGGUGGAGGCCACAG